GUCCGUGCGACGAAACGACGACCUAGCCGACUCCAGCGACUCGACAACCAACACCGUCUUCUUCCUUCGGGCACCCAGAUGAGAUCUCUUCCCCCUCCAUUCUAGACAUCGCCGGAUGGCCGAUCGCCAUCCCACCCCCCAUGCGAUGAAGUGCCACUCGGUGGCCGCGCUCUGGUCGCCGUCGCCUCCGUCCCACCACGUCACCGCCGCCGCCGCCUCCCCGGCCGCGCUCUUCACCGGCGCCGCCGACGGCACCGUCCUCCACUGGCCUCUCGCUCCCGCCUCAGCUUCCGCGUCCCCGCGUCCGUACUCCCUCCUCUGCGCCCACGCCGCGGCCAUCGCCGCCAUCUGCCCGCUCCCGUCCCCGGCCUCCCUCCUCGCCGCCUGCGCCGCGGGCGUGCUCUCCCUCUUCUCCGCCUCCGCGCCCCUCCGCUGCCUCCGCCGCCGCUCACUCCCGCCCUGGGCCGGCUCGCCCUCCCUCAUCGCCCCGCUCCCGCCCACUUCCACCUCCUCCAACCCCCGCGUCGCGAUCCUCUGCCACGCCCCCGACGACGGCGUCGGCCAGCGCCACGUGUCGGCGCUCGUGGUCGUCGACGCGCGUACCCUCAUCGUCCUCCACACCGCCUUCCAGGGAACCCUCUCGGUCGUGACGCCGAGGGCGAUUGCUGUCUGUGGCUGCGGCGAUGAAGCGGUCAGUGUCGUGCUUGCUGACGCGGAGGGGCGGGCGCAGGUGGUGCCCGUGGCCAAGGGUGUGGCCGUCGAGGGCGAAUCGCCAAGGCGGCUCAGUGUGAGCUCGAUGUCCAGUGCCACGUCCGCAGAGAUGGCGGACGGGAGGGUGGAGGCUGUGGCGUUGUCUCAUGAUGGGAAGGUCGUGGCGUUGGUUCUGAAGGCGAGAUGCUUGUUGAAAUGCGUGGCCGAAGGGGUUGUGCUGGGUGAGAUGUCUCUGCUGGGUACUCCUCUUUGCAAGGGUGAUAAGGAAGAGGAGAAUGGAUGCUCUGUUGGAGUUUUUUUCCUCCAUGGUGAGGGGUGGAAUGCUUGUGCUCCAGACGAUGGCAUUGUGGUCAGGAGCUUGGUGUUGUGGAGUAGCAGUGGCGCUGCUGCAGUGUACAGAGUUGUGGUUGGUACCUCAUCCUUUGAGUCUGAGGCAGUGUGUGAAAUUCCCGACAUCUUGUCUAUGCAAGGAGAGGGAUCGGAAAUUAAAUUUUGCCAGUUGGACCAGCGUCUUGUUAGGGUGGAAUCUUUCUCCUAUAAGGUUGCUGGGUCACUGUUGUGGAAACCAAAAAUCUCCAUAUGGUCUCUAGAUCAGUUAGAGCUGGGUAUAGCAGAGAAUAAACUACCUUCAAGCAAAUUGCUUGGAGAAGGUGGUCUUCAGGGAGAAGAAUUUAGGCCAGAACCCUCUCAUUCUCGCUAUGAUAUCAACAAUGGAGUGGAAAGGUACGGAAGGUACUCACAGGUGUGCUCAUCAGACAGCAAUAAUUUGGAAAGGUACCGAAGGACUGUGUCUUCCUCAAUGGUACUUUCUGAGGAUUCUUAUGCUCCAUAUGCUGUAGUUUAUGGUUUCCACAAUGGUGACAUCGAAGUUAUCCGAUUUCUAAACGUGUCACCUGCUACUGCAAAAUUUGGUGGUGGAGGGAUUUACCCACAUAUUUCUGAGAGGUUCUUUUUGGGGCACAAGGGAGCAAUUCUGUGCUUAGCUGCACAUUACAUGCAUGCCCGCUCUGAUUCUAGAAACUUUCACCGAGCACUCAUUUCAGGGAGUUCAGAUUGUACGAUUCAUGUCUGGGAUCUAGAUGCUGGCACCCUUCUUUCUGUGAUGCAUCAUCAUGUUGCCUCAGUUAAGCAAAUCAUACUACCGCCGGCAUGGACUUACCACCCUUGGGAUGACUGCUUCCUUUCUGUUGGAGAAGAUGGCCUUGUGGCGCUUGUUUCACUUGAAACCAUGCGUGUUGAGAGGAUGUUUCCUGGUCAUCCUGGUUAUGCAUCGAUGGUAGCUUGGGAGGGAGUAAAAGGGUACAUAGCUUGUUUAUGCCGGAAUCUCCACACUUGUAAUGAUGCAGGUAGUGGAUUAUAUAUUUGGGAUCUGAAAACUGGUGCUCGAGAGCGAAUUAUCAGUGGUACUGCCUCUCAGUCAGCGUUCGAACACUUCUGCAGGGGCAUAUCGAAAAAUGCAGUUACUGGCAGCAUCUUAGGUGGAACAACUUCAGCAUCUUCUUUACUUGUUCCAAUUUUUAAAGACACGAGCCACCUUUGGUCUCAUGCUGGUAAAAAGGGUCAUGAUAUUUCAUCUGUGUCAACCAACCAUAACAAUGGAAGUAUUGUUUCUGUGACUGUAAGUGCCUCUACAACAUAUGAUUUUAAGGGAAAGACACCAGCUCCAGAUGAAGCUUGUGUAUUCCAUGGAGGUAAUUCUGUAUACAGUUCAGAAAAGGCUGUUUCUUCUCACAGCGUCCACAAAAGAAUAAAGUGCCCAAUAAAGUGCUAUUGCCCCUAUCCUGGCAUUGCUAGUGUGAGAUUUGACCUUACAGCAAUAAUGUCCACUCAAGGCAUUACAAACAGCAAUACUGAUAAGCAGUCGAGAGGUCAUCUCCAUAGUGAGAAUGCUAAAGAAACUUUGCAGCCUGGAAUGCUAGAUUGUCCUUCUGGGGUUCAUGAAAUGGAUAGCCCCUCUAGAGAGUCACUGGAAGGGCGUUUACUACGAUUUAGCCUCUGUUUUCUGCAUUUAUGGGAUGUUGAUUGUGAUCUAGACAAAUUACUUGUGGAUGAGAUGCAAGUUUGCAAGCCAGAAGGCUGCCAUAUAGCAACAGGGGUGGUAGGGGAUAGAGGCUCAUUUACAUUGAUGUUCCCUGGCAAAGAAGCCACUCUUGAGCUUUGGAAGUCUUCAGCUGAAUUUUGUGCCAUGAGGUCACUGUCUAUAGUUUCUCUUGCUCAACGCAUGAUUACAUUAUCUCGUUCUUGUACAAAUGCUAGCAGUGCCUUGGCAGCAUUUUAUACAAGGCAUUUUGCUGAAAAGGUUCCGGAUAUAAAACCUCCAUCCCUUCAGCUUCUGGUGAGCUUUUGGCAACACCCUUCGGAACAUGUGCGAAUGGCUGCACGUUCCUUGUUCCACUGUGCAGCUCCCCGUUCUGUUCCACCACCACUACGGAUGCAUAAAAACAAAGCUCCUGAUGCCCUCUUGUCUUCAUCAGAUAAUAUGAAUGAUUUUAUCUCUGCUGUACAGAGUGCUUCUAUAUCUAGUUAUGGGGAGUUGAAGGCAGAUAGUGGAAAUGUUGACAAAGAUGAUAGUGACACUGCUAAUAUGAUCUUAUGGUUGGAAUCAUUUGAAAAUCAGGAAUGGCUAUCUUGGAUAGGAGGCACAAGUCAGGAUGCUAUGGCAUCAAAUAUCAUAGUUGCAGCUGCUUUGGUUGUUUGGUAUCCAAGUAUUGUAAAAGCUAAGCUUGCAUGUUUAGUUGUUAGUCAACUAAUCAAGCUAGUUAUGUCAAUGAAUGAUCGGUACAGUUCAACUGCAGCUGAACUUCUAGCAGAGGGAAUGGAAAGCACUUGGAAAGCAUGCUUGGGUGCUGAGAUCACUCAUUUUAUGAGUGAUAUCCUUUUCCAAAUUGAGUGCCUAAGUACUGCACCAUCAAGCAGUGUCAUCCAUAAAACUGCAGUUGCUGUUACAAUGCAGGAAGCAUUGGUUGGCACCCUUUUACCAAGCUUAGCAAUGGCUGAUGUAACAGGGUUUUUUAGUGUGAUAGAAAGCCAAAUUUGGGCUACUUCGUCUGAUUCACCUGUUCAUGUUGCAUCACUCAAAACUCUUACCCGUGUGGUUCGAGGCGCUCCAAAGGCCUUGGCACCUUACCUCGAAAAGGCAAUCAGCUACAUCCUACACACUAUGGAUCCAAGCAAUUUAAUAAUGCGUAAAGCUUGCAUUAUUAGUUCAAUGAUGGCUCUAAGAGAAAUGGCACGUGUAUUUCCGAUGGUUGCUCUCAAUGAGUCAAUGACACGAUUAGCCGUUGGUGAUGCUAUUGGAGAGAUUCAUAAUGCCACAAUUCGAGUGUAUGACAUAGAAAGUGUCACAAAGAUAAGAAUUCUUGAUGCAAGUGGACCACCAGGUCUUCCAAGCUUACUCACAGGAUCAUCAAAUACAAUGGCAACCAUACUAAUAUCAGCUUUGAGUUUCUCACCCGAUGGAGAGGGUCUGGUUGCCUUCUCUGAGAAUGGAUUGAUGAUAAGAUGGUGGUCAUUGGGUACUGGCUGGUGGGAGAGGCUCAGCAGAAGCCUUACUCCUAUCCAAUGCACAAAGCUUAUCUAUGUUCCUCCAUGGGAAGGAUUUUCACCUAACUCUUCUCGCCUAAGUAUAAUUUCUAGUAUUUUAGGACAUGAUAAACAUGGAAGUUCAGAGAAGAAGACAAAGGAAUUAGAUGAGGCUGAUAAUCUGAAGCUAUUGCUUCAUAAUCUUGACCUUUCAUACCGCCUUCAAUGGGUUGGUGGUAAGGCUAUCAAACUUACAAGGCACGGCCAGGAGUUGGGUACAUUUCAGUUGUGAUCAUGGCUUACCGAUGAUUAAUGAAUCUUGAGUUGUUUUGGAGUUCUGCAUGGCUGGCAAGUAACCAGAGCCAUCAUCGUGUUGAUUCAUGUGUCCUGUAAGGACACAAUUCACAUGCAGCACCCAACGAUGGGGCUGUUUUGGAGAGGUGACCCUCAGAAUCCGCUCGAGGAACAUGAAGGGCAUUUUUCUGGCAUUGUCGAAACCUUCGUGGGUGAAUUUUGUAGGUCCAGAUCAGUUGAUGAAGUUGGAACAAGGACGGCCGGCCGAAGGCUUGAGUGGCCGAGGAUCGCUGCUCGGAUCGAAGUCCUAAAGUGCCCCGAAGAAGGGUCCGAGCGGAGAAGGUCCGCAAGGAUGAAGAGGGAGUGCUUGAAAAGCGGGAUGGGCCCACCUGUGCAAUAACAGGGUGCCCUUGAAUAUUCCUGGAUUAGGUUAGUUGAAUCAUCCCGGAUUGUAAUUAAACAUCCUUACUGUUCGUCUCCCUGUAAAUAGAAGAGCAUCGUUAUGUUUUAGCCUUCGUUAAUAGUUCAAUGUUUGGUUUCAUCAAGAUAGUGAGGGUGUUCUAUGGUUCAA